GGCAGGGCGCCGCCAUGACGCGUUGGGCCCAAAACGAAUGGGGCUGCCCGUCCACUCUGCGACCGGAAGAAGCCAGGCAGGGAGGGCGGGGCUGGCCGCCGCCACGACAACCUCAUACCGGAAAAGGCGGGUCUCACCUGCCUGCCUGACCCCACAUCGGCACCGGUCUCGAGAUGUGAGUAGCGGGGACGUCUACCGCCCAACCCUGUCUCACAGGCAGGCAGCUCUGGAGGUCACUGCUCGCUACUGCGGCCGGGAACUGGAACAGUAUGGCCAGUGUGUGGCGGCCAAGCCUGAGUCAUGGCAGCGCGACUGUCACCACCUUAAGAUGAGCAUUGCUAGAUGCACAUCCUCCCACCCAAUCAUCCGCCAGAUCCGCCAGGCCUGUGCUGAGCCUUUCGAGUCCUUUGAGGAGUGUCUUCGACAGAACGAGGCAGCCGUAGGCAACUGUGCAGAGCAUGUGCGCCGCUUCCUGCAGUGCGCUGAACAGGUGCAGCCACCGCGCUCACCCACGACUAUGGAGGCACAGCCGCUUCCUGCCUCCUGAGGACUCCUUCGGCUGCAGGAAAACUGGACAUGAAUGACUGGUUACUUGACACCCUAGCCCCGCAGAGCGGCCAAAUGGAGUUCUGAGGGCCCUGGCUGUGGGCCUCACUUUCCUGGAUGUCAGGACUCUCAAUAAAUAAAGACUGUGUACACUGGG